AUGGAUCUCCUGGAGGACUGGAACAACAUCGUCUCGGAUGAUGUGGCAAACCCAAACGCCGAGGAUGAUCCGGAUAUCUUCGAUCUGGCGCUCCUUCGCGACUUCAUGUCACGUGGCCGGGGCACGCCGGUGGCCGUGGCACUGUCAGGAGACACCCUGGUGGUGGCCACCUCGCGCAACUUCCUGCUCCGGGCCGAUCUCUCCGACGGCGGCCAGGCCUCUGUUGUCGAGAUCGAUCUGCAGCGCCCUGGGGACGCGGUCUGCCGACAGGUGUGGCUGGAUCCCUCGGGCAGUCACUGCCUGGUGGCAGCCAGCGCGGCCACGGGAGCGCCCGAGACGCUGUAUGUGGACUCGGCCUGGAAAAAGGCACGCAUCUUGUCCAAGAUGAAGGGCAUGGCCCUCACCGCCGUCGCCUGGUGGCCGAGCUUGCAGCCCUCGCACACAACGCGCCCCGUCUUGCUUGGCACUGACUCCGGGACCCUGGUCAGCCUGGACCUGGCAGACCCGAGGAAGGAGCGGGUGCAGCCCCUGCACAGCCUGCAGGGCCAAAGCGUGCACAGCGUGGAACAGACUGUCUCGCCAGCCACUGGGAAGCUGCUCGUGCUGGCCCUGACCCCCUCGCACAUCCACUGCUUUCACGGGGAGGGCAGCCUGCAGGACUGCUUCAGCGACACCAUCGGCUCACCGACGGGCCUGGAGCUGCCCAGCGCGCCUGGCCCCACCCAGAUGACGCUCCUCUUUGGCGAGCCCGACCCUGCUGCAGCCUCGCGCUCCAAUGCCGGGCCCGAGGGUGCCCUGCUCUCGCAGCCCAGCGGUAUCGCGGUGCUCUGCCCCGACGGCAUCUUCCAGGCGACGCUGCAGCCGGACGCCCCCGGCCUCGCCUCCGACCCGAGCGCCGCGCUCACCAGGCACCAUCUGCUCCCCCUGGACGUCGUGUGGCCCGGGGGCAGGGCGGCCCUGUCCCUGGCGGCCACCCGCUUCCACUUUGCCCUGCUCAGCGCCGCCGCCCUGACCCUGGUCAACCGCGUGUCAAAGCGGCGCGUCCAAGACCUGGUGCUGAGCAGGUAUGCCGCCCCACUGCGCGACGUGGCGGAGCUGCCGCUGGGCCUGGUGCCCGACACGCAGCGCGGCGGGCGGGUCUGCCUCUGGGCGGGGGACGACCUGUUCGAGCUGGACGCGGGGUCGGAGGACCGCGACAUGUGGCGCACCUUCCUGGACGCCGGCGAGUUCGGCGCCGCGCUGCUGCACUGCUCCACCGCCGCGCAGCGCUCCGCCGUGUUCCUGGCACAGGGCGAGGCGGCAGUGGAGGGCGGUGACUGGGAGGCCGCAGGCACGCUGUUUGGCAAGGUGACGCUGACCGAGCCCAGUUUCGAGGACCUGGCCCUGCGCUUCAUGGAUGCCGCGCAGCCUGGCGCCCUCCAGCGCUUCCUCCAGGCAAGUGUUGAUGCGGAUGGCGUGCGCUUGGAGACGCUGGGCAGGGAUGACCAGGUGCAGGCCACCAUGGUCGCCACCUGGCUGCUGGAGCUGUUGCUGGACAAGCAGAACCGCGCCGCGCUGGGCGCCAGCGAGGACACCGGCGAGGGCGCUGGCGCCGGCGGCGCCAGCGAGCUUGAGCAGGCGCGUGCAGUCGAGGCGGAGCUCGCCGCCUUCUUAAGAAAGCACGUCAGGGUGCUGGAUGCCGGGACCACCACCUCCCUCCUCUCGGGUUACGGCCAGCCGGGCCUCUUAGAGGUCACCCGCGCACUGGAGGUCCUGCGCAGCCCGGCAGUCAGCCCCGAGCUGGCCUACAAGUUCGCCCCCGCCCUGGCGGCCCUGGCGCCCGAGGAAAGCGUGCGCGCCUGGGUCGCGGCCAACCCGCCCCUGGACCCCGAGCGCCUACUCCCGGCGCUGCUGGCGCUGAGCUCCGGGGCGCGCGCCGAUGCGACGUCGCGUGCCGCCGCGCUUUCCUUCGUACGCGCCGCGCUGGACGCCGGCGCCGGUGUCCAGGCCCUGCACGACCUCGCCCUGGACCUUUACUCCGCGCUGGACGGCGGAGAAGAGCAGCUGAUGGAGUACCUGCGGACGGCACGAUCGCCGCUGGGGCGCCCGCUGUUCGACCCGGUCCUGGCGCUGCGACUGGCGCGGGAGCGCGGCCGCGACCACGCCGCGGUGGCGCUGUACCAGGACCUGGGCUUGCACGACGACGCGGUGCGGCUGGCACUGACGCUGGAUCGAGACCUGGCGGUGCGGGUGGCUGGUCGGGCAGGGGGCGACGCGGGGCUGAGCCGCCGGCUGUGGCUGGACAUUGCGGGGCACCUGAUCCAGGCCUCGGGGGAUCCCAAGGACCAGGCACAGGGGAUCGCGCUGGUGACCUCGCUGCUGGAGGAGUCGGGGGGCCUGCUGCGCAUCGAGGACGUGCUGCCCCUCUUCCCCGACUUUGUGGAGAUCGAUGCCUUCAAGGACGUCCUGUGCACGGCGCUGGAGGCCUACAACCAGGAGAUCGAGGACCUGAAGCGGGAGAUGGCGGUGUCCAGUGAGACCGCCCAUGCCAUCAGGCGGGUCGUGGAGAGGGGCUGGAAGUCGCUGGGCGCCCUGGAGGUCAGGGUCGGGGUGCUGGACGGCGCCGAGCGCUGCGCGCGCUGCGGGCGCUCGCUGCAGGGCCCGCCGCCGCUGUCGGCAGGCCCCUCGGGUGGCGCCGUGCCCCAGGUGUACCUCUUCCCCACGGGCAACGCCUUCCACGGCAGCUGCCUGGCGGCCGAGGUCGCCGCGCUGGCGCCCGCGCUCCAGCGUCGGCGCAUCGGCGCCGCGCUGGCGGAGCUGGCCGCAGGUCGCGACGUGGCGCGCCAUCUGGCAGACCUCAACGCCGACGUGGCAAGCGAGGACCCGUACUGGGGCGAGGCGAUGGUGCGCCAGGUGCGCACGCCCUUCCUGGACGGCCCCGACGCCGCGGCGGAGCUGGCCUCCUGGGCGCUUUGA